CAAGGCUUUGAUGCAGUUCGAAUUUUAUCGCAAAUCCUGUCCUUGCAAGCGUUACACUAUCUCGCUUUAUCUUUCAUCAUACCGCCUCUAUUAGGAUUAUUAUCGUUUAACAAGCAUGCCUUAAACUUUCAAGGCGGACCAACUUCUCUUUCAAUGGUAUUGGAUUGGCGUGAAAUUGCUGGAUAUCCGAUCUUAGACGGAGGUAGACCAUGGCCAUGGAACAAGUACAAACAGGCUAUAUAUGCCAAUCAAGGCUGGUGGCCAAUCUUUGCUCAGGAUUCGUCCAGAGGUUGGAUCAUCGUAAUUGCAUGGGCUUUAACAGGUGCAGUGGACGUAUUUUUAUUGUCAAUCUUGAUCAGAAGGCCUACCCAUAUUCUAGAUCACACAAUCACCCUUCACGUAAUCCAUCUCGCUCUUACAUGGACCUAUACAAGAGCUUUCCCGACAAGUCUAUUCUAUUGGAUGGUUAUGGCAGGACAUAUUGGCGCUUCAGUCGUAUGGGCAGAAGCUUUAUCUAUUCGCAGAGAGAUGAAAUCUGGAUUCCAAUCUGGCUUGAAUCAGAAUACAGAUACUGAAAGUGCACGUAAU